CCAGAAAGGCCGCCGAAGCAUUCAGAAGCUCAGAGACGCCUUAGGGUUCACUCACCAUGACUUUCAAGAGAAGAAAUGGCGGGCGCAACAAGCACGGCCGCGGCCACACCAAGUUCAUUCGCUGCUCCAACUGCGGCAAAUGCUGCCCUAAGGACAAAGCUAUCAAGAGGUUUUUGGUGAGGAACAUUGUGGAGCAAGCUGCUGUUAGGGAUGUCCAGGAGGCUUGUGUUUAUGAAGCUUACACUCUUCCGAAGCUGUAUGCUAAGAUGCAGUACUGUGUUUCCUGUGCUAUCCACUCUCAUGUUGUGAGGGUUCGAUCCAGGGAGAAGAGGAGGAGCCGUGAGCCCCCUCAGCGUUUCAGGCGCCGGGAGGAUCAGCCCAGGCCAAAUGCACCUGGUGGACCUGGUCAGGCUCCACGCCCUGCUGCUGGAGUAGCAACCGCCCGUCCAUGAAAAGCCACUGCUUCUGUGUUACUAUUGCUGAGGAUGAUUAGAGACUUUGGAGGCUAUUUACUUUGACUGUUGCCUUCCAUAAUCACCUUAUUUAUUUAAAAUGUGUCUUGAUAUUGGAUUAUAACUUCUAUGAUACUGUCAUUUUAUUUUAGUGGAUCUGUGUCAUGGAGCCAUGUUUUUGAUAAUUGGAAAGGUAGCAGGUGAUUUAGAAAGACUGAGGUUUCCUGUAUACAUUAUGAAAUGAAGUUCUCUCUAGUCGUUUUUUGUUCAUUGAUUGUGCCAAUGAGCACCUUUGAUCUGGAUGCUUAAGGCCUAGUUUGGCACAGUUUUGCUUUUAAAAAAAAUCAACUUCUAUUCGAACUUUUAGAUUUUAUAGUGUUGGGUAAAUAAAAAAAAAAAACA